GGCAGGUUUGAAUUUUCCAAACGAGACUUUCUGUUUUGAGUUGGAAAAGCAACUUUAUUAGCAGGCCUUGGACAGGACUAUGGUGUCACUGGACAAGGGAUUCCAGGACCUGGAGGAGACGGGGGAGGCGUUGGUCCAGCUGAUCAAAAGCAGCAAAGCCGAGCAUGACUUGCGAGCAAUAAGAGAGGAGCACCUACUCCUGUUCGACCGCCACAUCAACACAAAGAAAACCACCACUCAGCUUUUAAGCGAUCUGAUGCAUGCAGAGGAGAAGGUGGGUCAGAAGCUGCUGACCUUGGAAGGACAGAAGAGUGAGGCGGCGAGGGAGCUGGAGAGUAUGGAGCAGGACCUGCAGCACAGCGUGGCCAGGAGCCAGACCAUGGACGCAGAACUGCAGUUCCUGCAGAGGGAGCUAGAGAGUUUGAGAGACUCAGAACGGGAGAUCCAGACCCUGCAGGAGGAAGUGGACGAAGACACAACGGAGAUCAUCCCUUCUGCCAUAUACCUGGCUCAGCUCUACUACAAGGUGACUAAGAUUAAGUGGGAACAUGACAGUGAACCGGGCAUUCUGAAAGGAGUGCACUACGGAGAGGACCUCACCACUCCCAUCAAUGUCGACACCUCCACGCAGUCCAAGUGCGCCGUUAGCGACUACCUCUGGAGCUUCGUCAGCACAGAGUGGUAG